CCAGAACUGUGCAUACCGAAAAAAGAACGAGCAAGUCACCCAACACGAGGCUGACAUCACUCCAACUGGGAUGCACGACGAACGAUCCAAUCCUUCCAGUUCCUCUCGGAAAUUACUACCAAGCAGUUCACGGCGGGACCGUGACCACCAAAGAGAACGCAGAAGACGCAAGGAGUAUGACAGUCGUCAUACUCACUACCAUGAUCGGGACGAUCCCCGGGCUCGUUCCUCUUCCCCUGUGGACAGACCUUCCAAACGUGCACGAGUGGAGGGGAGCAGCAAGGGAAAAGGAAAAGAGCUUGUCCGAGGUGAUGAUGAAAUCGAACUGGGGGAGAUCGAGGUCGGAAAGAAAAUACAACACGGUAUUGGGGACGACUUCAUACCAUUCGAGGUUGGCGAGGAUGGGGGUGCGGCAUACCAGCACGAACAACUAGAUGCACGCCCGAAGGGAAAGGAAGUAGAGCGCGAAUGGGAUAAGGGAAAACUAUUACAUGGACAUGAUGGAGACAGCCGGAGCAGAGGUACCAAGAGGAAACACGAUGACCUUUCCGACGACGACGGUCGUACCUAUAAACGAACGUGGCCUGUAGCAAGGUCAGCUCCAUGGGUCAACAAUGUCGAUUGGGACGGUUGUCGUAAUGUUGCAGAGUUGCUACAUCGUGAAGUGGAAGCCUUCGUGAAAUACAUGUCGCCUACCCCUGUUGAAGACGAGGUUCGAACUCUCAUUGUGUCACUGGUUUCAAGAGCAAUCACAUCCGCAUUCCCUGACGCACGAAUAUCGCCGUUUGGUAGCUACGAAACCAAGCUAUACCUUCCCGACGGCGAUAUCGACCUUGUAGUAGACUCAGAAAGCAUGGCGCACAGCAACAAGGUUCAUGUCUUAUACGCCCUCGCGAACACCAUCAAGCGAGCCGGAAUCACCUCAAAAUUCACCGUCAUCGCCAAAGCAAAAGUGCCCAUCAUCAAAUUCGUCACGAAUUACGGGAGAGUCAACGUAGACAUAAGUAUCAACCAGGGGAACGGUAUUACUGCAGGCAAGGUCAUCAACGGAUUCCUACGAUACAUGGAUGGUUGUGGGUCCGCAUUGCGCAGUCUGGUAUUGGUUGUAAAAGCGUUCCUCAAUCAACGGGGGAUGAACGAAGUUUUCACGGGUGGUCUGGGAAGUUACAGCAUAGUGUGCCUUGCUAUAAGCUUCCUGCAGAUGCACCCAAAAAUCAGGAGAGGCGAAAUAGAGGCGGAGAAAAACCUUGGGAUCCUCGUCAUGGAAUUUUUCGAGUUAUUCGGCCGCUAUUUCAACUAUGAAGAGGUCGGAAUAUCCGUUAGGAAUGGCGGCGGGUACUUCAGCAAGCGACAAAGGGGAUGGUAUGAUUCAGUGAAAAGCAACCUCCUUUCCGUGGAAGACCCAAUCGAUCCUACGAAUGACAUAUCGAAGGGCUCGUAUGGUAUUGCUAAAGUACGACAGACGUUUGCUGGUGCCCAUGAAAUUAUGCUGGCCAAUGCAUUUCAUCGGGCCGGGAUUCUCAACUCUCGUCGAGAACGACGUGAUAUUCCCUUGCGCCCGCACCGUGAUCCUGGUGACCUGAGUAUUCUGUCGAAGAUCCUAGGUGUCACUCAGGAGGUACGUCGCGCACACUGAUUAAAAACGUCGACGUGAUGAGCUUCUUCCCAGACUAUCAACAAUAGACGGCUC